AUGGCGGAUGUCCCUGCCUUUGAGAAUGUGGUCGUGAAUCAGAAGCCCAAGAGGCUGGAAUUAAAAUCUACAGUUCAUGGAAUAAUUUGUCAGGAAUGCUUCAACAAUGAAUCCAUCAGCUGCGAGGGUCCCAUCGCAACCUGCGCAUCCUGCCAGACAAUCAUCACAGACCAAAUGAACUCCAAUGGUUCACAAUCCAUAAUAGAGAAAUCCUGCAAUCUCUUCCCAAAUUUCUGCAACAUCUCUUACAGCGUGACGGCCGGCGACGUCCAUAUGGGCUUCAUCUCUUCUUGCUGUGACACGGAUUUCUGCAGUAAUACCACCACCGAGGUUCCUCCCCAAAACACCACAGAGAACGGGGUAGUAUGUCCAGUGUGCUUUCUGGAGAAUGCAGAAGAAUGCGUGGCCGAUGAGACCAUCAGAUGUACCGGGGCUGAGACCAAGUGCAUCAACUUUGCAGGAAAAGUAUACGCUCAAGGUACCUGCAAUAUGUAUGCGCUACAAGGAUGUGUUACCCAGAAUGUGUGCGACAUUUCAAACAUUCCUUUGUAUCCACAAUCCCAACUGUGCGCAUACCAUCAUCUGCAAUGCUCUGACGGCAACUCCACCACUAACCACCACUAA